CAUCACUCUUUCUGUCCACACUGUCUACCAACCCAAAGAAAAGAAAUUUAGAUAUAUAGAUUACACUGUACAGUUAUAUGUGGGUAUGAUGAUUUAUAAGAAAAUUUGAGAAAGACAGGCUGUGUUUCUCAAUACAGAUCAUCCAGACAACAAAACAAUCUAGAUACUUCAACUAUAUAAUGGUGUUUUGACUUCAUUAACGUCAAAUUUUCAUCCAAGUAAUCGAAAUGGAGGACGAUGAGAUCAUCUUAACGGAGACAAACAUCGAGGAGAGAACGGCUGAGUGGGGUAUAAGACUGAAAUCAAAUAUAGGAGAAGUUAGUAAUAACUUAUCGUCCGGCGCCGGAGAAUCGACAAGGACGUCGGAGGGAUCGGAGAAUAAUCAAAUGCCUAGAGUUUCUCAGGAGCUGAAAGAUGCAUUAGCAACACUUCAACAGACAUUUGUUGUAUCUGAUGCUACAAAACCUGAUUGUCCUAUUAUGUAUGCAAGUAGUGGUUUCUUUACUAUGACUGGUUACUCUUCUAAAGAAGUCAUCGGUAGAAACUGUCGAUUUCUUCAGGGACCGGAAACGGAUCAGAACGAGGUUGCGAAAAUACGAGAAGCUGUUAAAACAGGAAGUAGCUACUGUGGGAGACUACUUAACUACAAGAAGGAUGGAACCCAGUUCUGGAACCUUCUUACUGUCACUCCUAUCAAAGACAGUACCAGCGACAAGCCCAUCAAGUUUAUUGGAAUGCAGGUUGAAGUCAGUAAAUAUACUGAAGGCAUAAACGAGAAGUUGCUGAGACCCAAUGGAUUGCCGAAAUCAUUGAUACGUUAUGAUGCUCGGCAGAAGGAGAAGGCUUUAGGAUCAAUGACAGAGGUGGUUCAGACUGUAAAAGACCCAAAAUCAUACAUUCAAGCUUUGAAGGAAGAUAUAGGUGGAAGAUACGAUGAAUUGGAUGAGUUCAGCCUCGAUUAUACGCCUCCACAAGUUUCUGAAGUCGAGAAUAAGACUCGACUGCCCCCUCAAGAUGAUGAGCGAAGAAGAAGCAACAACUUGAACCUCUAUGAAAGAGAUGUACGUCAAGGAAUGGACCUGGCUACCACAUUGGAAAGAAUUGAAAAGAACUUUGUGAUAAGCGAUCCUAGACUUCCUGACAACCCAAUUAUAUUUGCCUCUGAUAGCUUUCUUGAAUUAACGGAAUAUAGCCGCGAAGAGAUUUUAGGAAGAAACUGUCGGUUUUUGCAAGGACCUGAAACAGAUCAAUCAACAGUCAACAAAAUCAGAGAGGCUAUCAGAGAUCAAAGGGAAAUUACUGUUCAAUUGAUCAAUUAUACUAAAAGUGGAAAGAAAUUCUGGAAUCUGUUUCAUUUGCAGCCUAUGCGUGAUCAGAAGGGUGAACUUCAGUACUUCAUUGGUGUUCAGUUGGAUGGAAGUGGACAUGUUGAACCUUUGAUAAACAGGCUAUCGGACAUGACUGAACAACAAAGUGCAAAGAUAGUUAAAGCUACUGCUGAGAAUGUCAAUGAGGCUGUUCGUGAACUCCCUGAUGCCAACUUGAGACCAGAAGAUUUGUGGGCUAUUCACUCUAAGCCUGUUUUGGCACGGCCUCACAAGAAAGAAAAUGAUUCCUGGAUUGCUAUUCGAAGGGUUACAGUUAGUGGUGAAAAGAUUGGAUUACAUCAUUUCAAUCCAAUUAGACCUCUGGGAUGUGGUGACACCGGCAGUGUUCAUUUGGUGGAACUCAAAGGUAGUGGCGAGCUUUUCGCAAUGAAGGCAAUGGAUAAAUCUGUUAUGCUCAAUCGAAACAAGGUUCACAGAGCAUGCAUUGAAAGGGAAAUUAUUUCGCUGCUGGAUCACCCUUUUCUCCCAACGUUAUAUACCUCCUUCGAGACUCCUACACACGUGUGCUUAAUAACAGACUUCUGUCCGGGUGGAGAAUUAUUUGCAUUGCUUGAUAAACAACCUUUGAAGAUCCUUAAAGAAGAAUCCGCCAAGUUCUAUGCAGCAGAGGUUGUCAUUGGCUUAGAAUAUCUUCACUGCUUAGGUGUAGUUUACCGAGAUCUGAAGCCUGAGAAUGUUCUACUUCAGAAGGAUGGCCAUAUCGUGUUAGCUGACUUCGACUUGUCAUUUAUUACGCCUUCCAAACCUCACGUUAUAAAGCAUUCUCCUUCGAAGAAGAGAAGGUCAAGGAGUCAACCACCACCUAUGUUCGUGGCAGAACCAGUUUCGCAGUCGAAUUCAUUUGUUGGAACAGAAGAGUAUAUUGCCCCGGAGAUUAUAACUGGAGCUGGGCAUAGUAGUGCUAUUGAUUGGUGGUCUCUUGGUAUUUUCCUAUACGAAAUGUUAUAUGGGCGUACGCCAUUUCGAGGAAGGAAUAGACAGAAAACCUUUUCGAAUAUCUUGAAUAAGGACCUGACUUUCCCCACCAGCAUUACGACAAGCAUUCCAGCAAGGCAGUUGAUAAACGCAUUACUCAUUAGAGAUCCUUCAAGCCGAUUAGGAUCAACCACAGGCUCAAAUGAAAUCAAAGACCAUCCUUUUUUUCGCGGUAUUACUUGGCCACUCAUUCGAAACACGAGCCCGCCUCCCCUUGAUGUGCCCCUCGAGUUUAUCGAGAACGAUCCGAAAGGGAAAAGAGAUGUUCGGUGGGAGGAUGAUGGAGUUCUUGAUCGUCAAUCUAUGGACUUAUUUUAGAGGUUGCAGAGAAAUCAGAGCCGCCUCCAUUGUUGUUGUUGGUAUGUAUGUAUGUAUGUAUGUAUCUGCUUGAAUUUGUGAGUAUUUAUUUUUAUUAGCUUCUCAUUUCUUGUAUUUUAUUGGUUAACAAGGAGUAUGAAGAGGAACAAAUACUUCAUUUUCUACCCAAUAAUGUUAUAUUAUCCAUGUUAGUAGUGUUUGUGUAAAUGAGACUCAUGAGUGUAUAUUGUCAAGUAAUAAUAAAAUGAAAUCUCAUAUUUGCAAUGUCA